AUGAGCCCCUGCGCGCUCGUCUCCCUCCCCGGCCGCCCCUCCUGCUGGAAAGCCUUGCCGCCAGCCGUCAACGGCGGGCGAAAUCCCACCUGGGGCGGCGGGCCGCAAUUUACGGCGGAAUUCGAGGUGGAUGACCUUCUGCCCCGCUCAGAAUCGUCUCCGCAGCAGCCAUCCGCCUCCGCCUUCCCUUCCGAAUCUUCCUUUCCCGCCUCUCCCAUUUCCUCCGCUUCCGCCGAUCAUAAAUCUACCGCCUCGACGUUUCCCUCCCCCGCCUCCUCCGCAGCUGCAUCCUUUCCCCCCGCGGCACUUCCCCCCCACGCGCGCGCGCAAGUGCUCGUGGAGCUCUUCAGCUCCGCUACCCUGCGCAAGUCGCUCGGCGCGGCCACCGUGGCGCUGGACGCGGCCUUCCGCCGACCGGGGGAGUGGCAGUUAGCGCAGCUGCCAGUGAUGCGCUCGAGGUGCAAGGGGGGAGACGAGCGCGCGAAGCAGAGCGGAUGGGUGACGGUGCGGGUGAGGGUUUGGGGAGUUGCGGAGGCGGGGAUGGGGGAGAGGGGGAUGGCGGAGGGGGGAGCAGCAUGCUGGCAGCCCCCGCUUGCACCCAUCCCAUCGUUCUACACCCAAACAGGUAGGGAGUGCGAUGCUGACGUGGACGGUGCUGACGUGGACGGUGUGAGAAGAGAGGGGGUAGCAGCUGCAGCAGGUGUAGUGACAGCUGGCUCAGCAAUCACCCCAUCUCCAUCGCCUUUAACACCUCCACCACCACCGCCUGUUACUGGUUACCCUGCCGCACCCCCUUAUAGUCACACUGUGCCACCUUACUACCCUCCCAACUAUCCUUCGGGACCAUACGCUCAACCAACCAGCAGCACUCACACGUACACAGCCUAUGCAGGACCGACCAAUCCCCCUGCACCAUGGUACCCCUCGUCACAAGCACCUCCAGUGACGGUGUACAAGCACAGCAAGCACGGGCAGAAGAGGAGGGCGCCUGGCAGGGCGGGGCUGGGUGCUGGGUUGGCGCUGGGAGCCCUGGGUGGGCUGUUGGUGGGGGAUGCCAUUGGGGAUUCGAUUGGGGAUGGGUUGGGAGAUGCUGGAGGAUUCGAUUUUGGAGGGUUUGAGCCAGCCGGCCACAAUGCGCGAGUGUGCGUGGAGGUAGUAUCUGCGCACAGCCUCCGCAACGAGCGGAAGCCCCCCUUCGCGCGCAUGAGCCCCUGCGCGCUCGUCUCCCUCCCCGCCCGCCCCUCCUGCUGGAAAGCCUUGCCGCCUGCCGUCAACGGCGGGCGAAACCCUACCUGGGGCGGCGGGCCGCAAUUCACGGCGGAAUUCGCAGCGGAUGACCUGCUUCCCCACUUAGAUUCGUCUUCGCAGCAGCCCGCCUCUUCCCUCCCUUCCGAGUCCCCCUUUCCCGCUUCUCCCUUGUCCUCCGCUUCCGCCGAUUACAUAUCAUCCACUGCUGCAACGUUACUCUCCUCCGCCUCCUCCGCAGCUGCAUCCUCCCCCCCCGCGGCGCUUCCCCCCCACGCGCGCGCGCAAGUGCGCGUGGAGCUCUUCAGCUCCGCCUCGCUGCGAAAGUCGCUCGGCGCGGCCACGGUGGCGCUGGACGCGGCGCUCCGCCGACCGGGGGAGUGGCAAUUGUCAGAGCAAUGCGCGGAGCUGCCUGUGAUGCGCGGGGGGGGAGACGAGCGCGUGACGCAGUGCGGAUGGGUGACGGUGCGGGUGCGGAUUGGGGGAACCGCGGAGGCGGGGAGGGGGGAGGGGGGAAGGGCGGAGAGGGGAGCAGCAUGCUGGCAGCCACCGCUUGCACCCAUCCCAUCGUUCUACACCUACACAGGGACUGAGGACGGUGCUGACGUGGACGGUGCUUACGUGGACUGUGCAAGGAAAGAGAAUGCAGCAGUUCCAGCAGAUGCAGUGCCAGUUGGCUCAGCAGCGGCACCAAUCAGGGUGCCAGGUUACCCCUCGUUACAAGCACCUCCAGCGCCAGCGUACAAGCACAGAAAGCCUGCGCUGAAGGUGAGCGUGCACCUGGGUACUACAGGGUUGGUGCUGGGGGCGCUGGGGGCGCUGGCUGGCAGCAGCAGCAGAAGCGAGCAGCACAGCGAGUCUUCUCCCACAGACCCCACCACCACUUCAAACCCAUCCGCACUCCUUUCACCUGCCCUGGACCUGCUGCUCUCCCUGGAUCGCCACCGAGCCAAGGGGCUGCUGCUGGAACGGUCCAUGCGCGCCGUGGCUUACAGCCCCGGCUGCCGAGCCUGGAUGCCAGGCUCGGAAAAGAGGGACAAGUGGAGACAGCAGAGGAGCGGGGAGGAGAGAGCAGGCGAGGAGGAUGGGGCGGCGGAAGAGGGGUGGGAUAUUGGGAGGAAUGAAGCUGCAAAGACGGAUGAGGGAGGGGGAGAGAGAGAGGAAGAGGAGGAUGGAGGAGAUGGUGGUGGUGAGGGUGGAAAUGGUGAGGGUGAUGAGGAGGAUGGGUACAGGCCGGUUCUGAGGGAACUAUCAGCUGAUUUUGAGGUGGAUCUGGUGCAGGCGCCACCUGCCCUCUGCUCGCUCGCUCACGCCCUGCCAGCAGCAGCCAGGCAGCGGCUGCUUGGUGCCUACUCGCCGCGGUUUUUCCCUCCCCACCGCACUGCACACCUCUGGACGGCUCUCGGUGCCGCCUCUGCCUCGGGGCAGCAAGAUGGGGCGAGGAAACAGGGGGAGUUGCAGCAGCAGCAGCAACGGCGGCAAGGGUUGGAGGAGCAGCAGGGGGUGAAGGAGCAACAAGUGCAAGGAUUGAAGGAGCAGAGGUGUGUGGAGAGAGUGAGAGCGGCGUGCAUGCGGCAAUGGUGGCAGGGGGAGGUGCAACGGACAGUGCAGUUCGUGCAUGCUGUGCGGCAGUGCGCUGCCUCCUCCCCCCGCCACGUGCUCUUCCUGCACGCACCCCACCAGCGCACUCGGAACUCAGGGACGGCAGCCAGAAGAGGAGGGGCGAGAGGGGGAGGAGGAGGAGCAGGGGGGGAAGGGGGAGUGCGGGUGAGAGAGCGGUAUGACGUGGCGAUGGAACGGUUUGUGGUGCGGGAGCUGCGAGAAAGGGACUGGGGCGUGGUGUCCCUCGCAGGCCAACGACCGGCACCACCACCACCCACAGCGCCAGACGCACAAGCAGGGCACGCAGUCGAAACAGGGGGCACAAUAGACGCCGGGGGCACAAUAGACGCCGGGGGCACAAUAGACGCCGGGGGCACAAUAGACGCCGGGGGCACAGAGGAGGAGGGCACAGCCCAAGCAGGGGCCACAAUGGAGGAGGGCACAGCCCAAGCAGGGGCCACAAUGGACGCACGGGGCAUAGAGGCGGGGGAGAGAGAAGAAGCAGGAGGGGCGUCUCACGAGGGCGGGUGGGCAUCAGUGCUGCGCGGUGUGAGGGGCGUGCAGGCGCUGCUGCUGCGGGGCGAGGCGAGCCACCUGCUGCCGCUGCUGGCCCACGUGGAGCAGCGCUUCCUGGAGGGGCCUCUGGAAGACCUCCUUAUAAGCUUCUUCGGUAAAAGUAAUAAGUCCGUGCACGUGCAUAAACCUCCGCUGUUCUGGCGAGAGGUGGAAGGAGGAGACGGGGGCGAAGGGAGCGAGGGGGCAGGGGAGGAGGAGGGUGGGGCUUUGGGGGAGAAGAGGGUUGGGGUGGAGGAGGGGAAUAUGAUGAAUAGAAUGGAGGAGGCUAGUGUUGAGUCGACACAGAACUGGGUGCAGGAGGGAUGGGCUGUGGAGGACCCAUUUGCUAAUGAAGUCCAGAAACCCAUCCGUACCGCAUUGAACCCACCAGCAGCACCCAUGGGGCUGUCUGUGUCGCGGAGCAUGCUGGUGAGUGUCCACGGGAGGGAGGUGGUGCCGGCAGGUGCUGCUGGGAGUGUGGCAGUGAGUGGCAGGGGAGGAGGUACUGUAGGCAGCAGGGGCGAUGGGGAUGGUGGCAGCAGCAGGAGGGCGGGAAACGGGGCGAGGGGAACAGAAGAGCACCUUUUGAGACGUCUCAAGAGGGGAACAGAAGAGCACAGGGCAGCAGCAGCGGGCAUUGGCAAGGGGGGCGCAGCAACGCGAGCAGCCGUGGUGCUGUCGCCGGGCUCGUUUGCGUGUUGGGUGAAAAGCGGGGGUGAGGCAGCAGGGGGUGAUGAGAGGAGGGCACAAGCGGGCGAGGUGGAGGCGCAAGGGAAGGGCGCGGCUGGUGGGUUGAAAGGCGGUGAUGCUGGUCAUGGUGAUGACUACGAUGAUGCUGAUACUCCAGAUGAACCAGCAGGUGUGGCAGCAGAGGGUGAGACAUUGGAGGGGGUGAUUCGAGGCGAGGUUGUGUUUGAGAGCCCGCUGACGGAGCAGGGGGCAGCGGUGUGGACCAUGGUGGCUCCUCGCACGGUGGGGCACAAGAGGGGGCAGCAGGAAGAGCCCCAUGGGGGCCACCAGGGGGGACAGCAGCGGGGGCACAAGGGCGAUGAUGCACACGUGGGUCGGAAGGAGACGCUGGAUGGUGCUGCUGGUGGGUGGAAAGGUGCAGGGCAGGUGGGGGCACUGGCAGAGGAGGGCUCAUCAGUGCUUGUUACCAUUCCCAUCACGGGACGGCUUUUUCUGCCCGGAAUCAAGGACCAGAGAAACGUCUGGAUGGGGAAUGUUUUAGGUGUGGGUGACUACACUACUGUAGAUACCAUACCUAUUGAUACCAUACCUGUAGAUACUACCAUAUCUGCCACUGUUGUUUCAGCUGCUGCCACGGCAGAUGGGCCUGCCAGGCUGUCAGCUCCCAGAGAUGCUGUGCGGGGCACUGUGCAGAUGGAGGGCGCGCUGACGUGGACUGACUCAGCGCCAGGUCAUGCCAGGCUGGCAGCUGAAGGGGUGGUGCUGAUUGAGAGGAGGCAGAGUGAGGAGGGGAGUGAGGAGGAGCGAGCGUGGGGGGCGUGGCGCGAUGUGGACGUGUGGGGCGCAGGGCAGGGCCGAGCAGAAAAAGGGGGGAAUUCAUCCGAAGAUGGAAAAAUUCGUUCGGGUGACUCCGACAGGCUCGUGGGGGCAGAGGGGUUGGGGGCAGGCGGGGGAAGCAGCAUGGGGAGCAGGGGAGGCGGGAGAGGCAAGGUGGGGGGGAUGAGAGGUGCUAGGCUUGUGUUUGAGAAAAGUCAGGGAGAGGGGGGCCCCAAAGCAAAUGGUGGUAGGUCAAGUGGUGUUGGUUUGAACAGGCAGGUGAAGAGAGUUCUUCUUGGAACGAGUGUUGGUGGUGGUACGGAGGAGGGGGAAGCUUUUGAUAGCAGGGAGAGUGAUGGCAGAGGUGGCAGCAGCAGUGCUGCCACUGCAACUAGAG